AUGGCCAUCCCAAAAAACUUCAUUGCAGGUAUCAAACAGCUUGUCAAAUCAUGUCCUCAUUUGACACAUUUAGACCUCAGUGAUGGAGUUUUGUUAACUGCAAGGUCUUUAGAUGAAAUUAUCAAACUAAAGCACUUGGUUCAUCUAGGCCUUAGCCGAUGUUACAACAUCCCGCCAAUGGCUUUCAGUUCCUUCUCACAGAUGAAAUCUCUCAAAACACUACAGAUCUUUGGUCUUCUUAACACAGAGGGAAUUGAGGUCUUAAGGGCAGAAAUUCCAAACAUCACUGUGAACAAGUCAUUUUUCUCAAUGAUUGCCAGGCCAGUUGGAUCUGUGUACUAUGGAACAAUCUGGGGUGUGCAAUGCAAAGGAUAG